CCCAUGGCAAGUCUGAGUUUCCAGAGGGGAAUUCUGUCUCUCUGCUCCAGGCCAAGCACACCCAGGAAGGCAGUCAGAGCUGGGGGGUGAAUGGGGAAACUGGAGCCCUGGUGGACAUGAAGGAGCUUGGGAUCUGGGAGCCCUUGGCUGUCAAACUACAGACCUACAAAACAGCCGUGGAGACUGCAGUUCUCCUCCUGCGCAUCGACGACAUCGUGUCGGGGCACAAGAAGAAAGGUGACAACCAGAGCAAACAGGCUGCAGCAGCACCCGAGGCUGCCCAGGAGUGA